AUGGCACCAUCACUUUCCUUUCUACUCUCCAUUUCCCUAAUAAUACAGGGUCAGGGAUUCUCUUCGUCUUCUACAGGAAUCAUCCAAAAGAACCGUGAGGCGGAGUCUUUUUUACGAUCCUCCAACGAUGCUGCUUUUUCAGCUUUUGCCGACUCUCUUGAAGAAGAACCAGAAAGCAACAAGGAGCAACCCUGGCAAGAAAAGCUUGAGGAUCUGCUUGAUCCGCAAACAAACUUGGCUGAUCGGCAAAUCCUGAUGUCCGAGCUCUUGAAUUCGAAUGAAGAAAUUAGAGAAUCUGUACUCGAUGCACUGGCUAGAAGAAAGAUCGAUCCACUUUUGACGCCUACAGGGAAGAGGAUACAGGAUGGAACAAGGGCCGUUGUUCGUCAACUAGCAAACGACAUUCUGCCUCAACUCAGCAAAUCUCCACCCAAAUUCCCUCCUACACCACAGUCUAUGGAGAAGGUCGGGAGCCGUCUACUUAGCGUCGUAACGAGUCAGUUGCAAAAGAACAUAGAGGAUUUGCAAGAAGAUCUCACUGACCCUAUCAACCGCAUACCUCAACGUCUGUCCCGACAAGCGGAAGACUUUGUGAAAGAAGCAAGAAAUGUUUUUUUGGAGAAACCCGAGGGAUUGCAAGAGCCAUCUUACAACGUCGUUGAAAGCCGUGAUCUGUAUGACAUUCGUGACUAUGAAAGCUACAAGGUAGCAUCAACACAAAUGGAAGAAGGAGAGGAUCUUGCAUCGACUGGAACGGCUUUCAACUCACUUGCGGCAUAUCUUUUUGGACUGAAUGACGAAUCAAGAACAAUGGCAAUGACGACACCUGUCACAACAACUAGUUCGAAUGAAAUGAGAUUCUUUUUGACCGAAGCCUCCAUCCCUCAACCACAACCAGAAUCAAGUGUUGAAAUUAUUGAUAUCCCUUCUUCGCUUCUGGCAGUUCGCAAGUUCACGGGGUUUGUCACAGAAGGAGAAAUAGCACGUCAAAAGGACGCCUUGUUGCAGGCACUGGAAAUGGAUGGCGUUGAGUUGGAUGUAGCGCAUGGUGCCGUUGUUCCUCAUAUCAUCUUCCAGUACAACCCCCCAUACACACUUCCUAUUGUACGCAGAAAUGAGAUUGCCGUUCCAGUACGACUAGGGGUAGACCUUUCAGGUGGAACAAGUCUGCAACAAGAAUGGAGUGUCGAUGCAACUGUUGGAGAAGAUACUGUGAUUGGGGAAGAAAACGUAAAGAUGAAAGUUAAUUCUAGGACAGAAGCCGUUGCUGAGAAAGACAACGACGAGAAUGACGAAGUCUCCGAUGAUGACACUUCACCAAGUGAUUAA